AUGGAAGAUAUUGAUGAAUCAUUUUUCUACACAUUUGAUAGCGAAGAGUACAAUAAGUUAUGGGCUGAAGUAAAGAAUUCCGAGGAUCCAGUUUUAUACAAGACUUGCAUCAUUACACCUCGCGCUUUAAUUACAAUGGUAGAUCACGCCAUAGCAGGCGAUAGAAAUGAAAUUUUAGGCUUCUGCUUAGGUAAGGCAACAAAGAAUACAAUCCUUGUUAAUGACGUAUUUUCUACAACAACACUUGGCACAGAAACGAAUUGCUACGCCACUACAGAAAGCUAUGUUCAAUACUUUGCAGUCAAAGAGUCACUAGAAUUAUCCGGCCGUCAAUCUGCUAACGUUUCGGGCUGGUAUCACUCUCAUCCUGAUUAUGGUUGCUGGCUUUCAACAACAGAUGUCAUUGCACAGAAUAUUAUGCAAGCAACAGGUCCAAUGGUUGCACUCGUCGUUGAUCCCAUCAAAACAGCGAAUACUGGAAAAGUUUUCCUUGGAGCUUUUCGUAAUUUCCCUCAGUCUUACAUUAGCAGCCAGCAUAACUUCGGAAAUUCAUUAAUACCUAGCGAGAAAAUAAAAGACUACGGCGCAAGCGCAGGGAAAUACUACCAACUCGCAAUUAAUUAUUUCUUGACUGAUUCUGACAAACUCGUUUUAAACGAUAUCAUUCAGCAUUCAUGGGGUGAAGAGCUUGCAGAAUCUCCUCUUAUUGCUAAUUCUAUCUUUAUUGCAGCUCAAAUCAACGACCAAGCAGCUAAAAGAAUCAAUAUGCUUGCAAACAACGUCAUGUCUGGAACAGAUAUCGAAACACUUAAGAAUAUUGUUCGUGGAAUCAACGAAGAUCGAAGAGCCGGCAUUAUGAUUCAGAAAAUGAAAUCCGAAGUAUUUGGAUAA